AAUGGAAGAUUUACCAUCAGCGUGUAACCUGAUGGCAGCCACAAUGAUGACCGUAGAGAUCUCAAUGGAAGAUGUACCAUUGCUAUCAAGGGCCCUGAUGGCAGCAAUGCUGACAACUGCAGAGAACUUCUUGAGAUGUAUACCAUCGUCAUCCGAGAUCUCGAUUGCAGUAACACCAACGACCUCAGAAAUCCUGGUGACAGCUGCACUAGAGGAUAUAUCAGCAGGCGUGGUUCCAUUAGUUAAGGAGACCUUUACUCCUGCGGUGUCUUCAGCUGUAGAAAUUGGGUCCCUACAAUGACAUAAACUUUGUUGAAUCCAUCAUCGACCAUCACUGGAGGUACAGCAAAACUUCCGAGCAUCGAAGUCGCCACUGUGUAAAUUGCUUUACCAUAGCUAUUAUGUUCGCAUGCUUGGAAGAUUCGGAUACCCGAAUAUUGUACAGGGAACACUGCAUCAGUGCGUCAAAUUUAAAAAACAAUUUGUUUGCCAUAAUAACAUAAACCGAUAUGAUGAAAUCUGCACGGGACCAGUUAUGCGCAAGAAACAACCAGAUUGUAAAUUCGGUAGCCACACUUUUUCUACUGAUCUUCAAUACAUCGGCAGUAGUUGCAUCAGCCCAGAGUACGUGUCCAGAUUCGUGCAGUUGCUCCGAACAACACGUGGACUGCUCCGAGAGAACCCUCAGCAGCAUACCUUCUAUCCCGAGAAGCACAGUAACCUUCUCCUUGGCCCACAACAUCAUCUCAGAGGUCAGCUCCAUUGACUUUCCAGUGCGUCUGACGUUGCUGCACACCCUCUUGCUGAACAACAAUUCCAUCAGAGCCAUUCAGCGCAGGGCACUCGCCAACCUGCCCGGACUGCAGUCUCUCGACUUGAAAAGAAACCGUAUACGCACUAUCGAGCCCAGGACUUUCGAAGGCUCCAACAGGCUAACUCGGCUUGUACUCGACCACAACCUGAUUGACUAUGUCUACAUGGACAGUUUUUAUGGGCUUGGAAGCUUGGUAGAGCUACGACUGGAAAAUAAUCAUAUUCAGACUAUCGAUGUUGAAGCCCUUCAACAAACCCCAAAGCUUGAAAAGCUUUACCUGAACUAUAAUAAUUUCUUGAUUUUGCCAGCUUCAGGGCCUCUAUUUAAGGCACUUUCGUUGCUUACACUUGAAAUGGACAACUGCAACAUUAUGGGACUCUCACCAAAGGCAUUCGAGUAUGCUCCUAACAUAAUUUAUUUAAAGCUAAGAGGGAAUUACUUGCAGCGGGAGGAUCUGCGCUCAGUGUUACGUUUGAAAUCUCUUAAGUUCCUUCAUCUCGAGUUCAAUGCAAUCAGCUACAUACACCCUAAUGCUUUUGAUGGAAUAAACCUGGAAUGGUUAUAUUUAACUGGGAAUGAACUUUUCAUGACCAGGAACCAUUCAUUUCUGUACACAAAGUUUCUUGUCACACUGGAUAUUAGCGUAUGUGGCAUAGAAGAUAUUCACCCUGGUGCCUUCAGUAAUUUUACCAGACUUAAGGGUCUUUACAUAAAGGAUAAUCAUUUGACUACAUUCUCUAUCGAUUCUGAUCUCGAAAGCUUAGCAUCUCUCGAUCUAUCGCAUAAUAAACUAAUGUAUCUAGAACCUGUCAUGUUCUUACAUUUACCAAAUCUCAUGUUCCUUGAUAUAGGUUUUAACUUCAUCAAUGCGAUAGAUCCAGAGACAUUUUCAGCAAAUAAAAAGCUCUCAUAUCUCAGCUUGCAGAGCAAUCAAUUGACGCUACCAGAAAGUGGUUUCUUGUUCAGUUCUCCAUCUUUAAUAUCACUGGAUCUUAGUUCCUGUGGCACUGGGGAAAUUUCUACUAGUGCUUUUAUUAACAUGGCUAACCUUAAGGAACUAAAACUUUGCCACAAUGCUCUGGAAACAGUAGACUUUUCGGGAUCACUGGGAAAUCUCACAAGUUUAGAUAUUUCUAAAAACCGGAUCGUGAGACUCCAUGGUGAACAUUUCUUGGGAAUGAACUCUUUAGUUUACAUUAAUGUAUCUGAGAACCCGAUCGAUUGUGACAGUUUCCGAGAGAUGUGGUUUUGGUGUUCUCCAACACCUGUAAAAAUUGAAGCACAAUGCACUUUUUCGCACGAUACAAAAACAGAUUCGUUCACUGAAAAAUGCAAAGAAACUCAGCGGAAGAAACAAAUAAACGAAACAACUAAACAACAUGUAAUAUCUGAAAAACCAAAGCUUGUUCUUUCUAUGAGGGGCCUAGAGGCUAACCCUGACAUAGUGAAGGUAGAUAGAAGAAAACAAAAGCCAGCUCUGAAUACUUCUAUGAGAGUAUUACAACCAAAUGCAGAUGUUGAAAUAGUAAAUGAGAUGAACAAUGAUACUUUAGACAGCUACAUCCAGUUAAAUGACAGCUCCUCAUACAAUGUGUCCUCGGUUACUCUAAAGUCAAAAGAGAACAUGAGCAUUUGGUGGAUAUUGGUGUACGUCUCUAUCGGCUCUGUAGCAUUUCUAUUGCUCGUCUUUGUGACAACCUUAUCCCUCGACUGCUACAUUUUCCGUCGGAGAAAGGCUGCAUUGCAGCACUCCACAUCCGUAAAGUGGACCUCCAGCAGGAUGCAGUCAUCGCUGGACCCGUCUCUUAGGCCGCUACAAGGUAAUUUCCGGCGUCCGCAUUCAACCAGCAGGCCCAAGAGGUCACGACAGAGAGACUCCAUUACAUCCAUGUCGCGGUCUAGCGGUGAGCACCCACGCUACAUCUCAGCGACAGGCAAGGAGGCUGAGGAAGCGGUGGAGCCUACCACGUACCGUCCACACGAACUGUGGUCACGGCAGUUCCGCGACUCUCCACAUGCCUCGGUUAGUGACACGGGCAGUCCCCAGCACUUGAGUUCUAUGCAGAGCCCCUCUGCGCCCGGCCACCUGGCCGCCAGCUCCUGGUCGAGGCCAGCCCGAUAACCUGCUCACAACACAGACCUUAGUGAGAAACACAGGCACUCCCCACGACUUGGGACAUGUGCAAAGCUCCUUUGUACACGACUACCCGACCACCAACUCCUUGUCGAGGCACGCCCGGUAGACACUCUCUACACAUGCCUCAGGGAGAAACACAAGAACUCCUCAGAAAUUAAAAACAAUGCAGAUCCCCUCUGUCAAGGCAAGAAUGGUAGCUACUCGUUUCUCACACUUCAGUUAUUAAAUAUGCAGUCAUCAGCAAUUGGAAAACGUACUGAGCCCUUCUGAGCCAGUCUACCCUGCCUUCAUUUCCUCGUCAAGACUAAUACGGUAGCAAUUCUGACCACAGACUUCAGUGAUUAAGAAGUGCAGAACUCAGCAGUUGGACACAGUGCAAAACUCUUCUUGGGCAGUCUACCCUGCCACCAUUUCCUCGUCAAGGCUAACACGGUAACCAUUCUCACCACAGACAUCAGUGAUUAACAAGUGCAGACAACAGCAGUUGGACACAGUGCAAAGCCCCUCAAAGUCCUGCUUCUCGUCUGCCAGUUCCUCCUCGAGGCUUGUAUGGUUAUCCAUACUCUGUUUUUAGUUACGUGGUCAGAAAAUACAAUUUAUUUAUCGUUUACUGUCAAUUAUGUUUGUUUGACAACAAACAAGUUUGGCUGAGUGACAAUGUAUCAUUAAUAUAAAUGCUAAUUAAUACUUAUUAACUUAUGUUGAAGUUGAUAAAACAUAUUCGCUAUUUUAAAUGGUAUGUAAUUUAGAGUGUCUAAGUAUCAUCAGCAAUACAGUAGUUACGCAUGUUUUUUUAUGUUAAUUUAUACACCGAUUCCAAAAAAAAUUAAUAAAAUUUAUAACUAUCGUUUCAAGAAUUUUAUUAAUUAAAGAAAUUUGUGAAGUAAGUCUUUUAUGAUUAUUGAUAUUUUUAUAGCCUAGAUAUAAAUAUUUUUAUUUCAAAACUUAUUUCAAAAAAAUCAUGAAUUAAUAUUAAUGAACCAGAGCAAAGGAAUUCGUACCUGACAAAGACGUUCAGGAAGAUCAUCAGUUUUUCUAAAGAACUCCUUAUCUGAGUCUAAGAGACUUUCUGAAAUGUCUACGGUAUGCAUUGGAUAUUUUUUUUUAUAAAUGUAAUAUCAGUUUUAUUAAAUUUUAGAAAAAUAUA